AUGGCUCAAGCAGACCCUGACAGACCAAAAAAGAAACGCAUCCGGAACUGGACUGCGGAGGAUAGAGCAAUCCACCGUGAGUUUGAGAAGUCCCGCCGGGAGGCCUUUGGCGUGCGCUUGAUGGAGCUAACAAAGUUACUUCCCAUGCUUCGGGAAGAAACGCGACCCUCAAAGCAUAUUAUCGUGGACGCGAGUAUCUCUCAUCACAAGGCCCAGCAAGCAAGAUGCGAUCAAGCCACUAGUGCAGUCAAAGCACUGCUAGCUGAACGUGAUGAUUUGCUUAGAGAGGUCAACGGCUUGCGAUCUCUGUGCCAACCCGGUACUUCUGUCCCGCGACAAGCUCGGCCAAUUGAUCCGGCUGUCCUCGAAUUCUUGAGAGAAAGUGACCAGUCGGAUGCUAGUCAAACUUGGUCACCUGCGAGGACUCCAUCUACUGGAGCCCAGCUGGACCAGACAUCUUCCUCUUCAUUCCCACCAGUGCCGUCCUUGCUCGUUCCUGGUGAAGGGCCGUCUCAAGUGCCAGCUCAUCACGAACAAAACAUACCGCAAAAUCCACCCACGGCGUAUAACUUGACGGAAUGGGCUUGGUCUGGCCUUCAGGCACCUGCUACUGCUGCUGCUCCCUCGGAUAGAAUUGCUGAUCCUGCUUCCUUAUGGAGCCCUCCACCAGGUAUAUCCAUAGCUACGCGACCGAAGGAUAUGGACCCGAGAUACAAUAUCGGUUCUUCCUAUCUUGUCAGAGACUCUGCGUCUUUUUGGACGCAACAUCAGGGUGUGCUGACGACAACCCCGCCCAAAGACCCUCCUCAGAAUACUGAUUUCCAAUAUGACAUAACCUCCUCACUUUUACCUGUUGACGACUCUCUAUUAUGGCCACCAAACAUUGGGAUCACCCCUUUGCCCGCGACGGAGAAUAUGCAUUCGAUGUCUUCAGGUCAAACAUUUCACAUUGCAAAUCCACUGCUGUCAAAUUCGGAGACUCUAUCUAUAUAG